AUGGUUCGAGGUCCGAAGAAACACUUGAAGCGCUUAAACGCGCCGAAAUCGUGGAUGUUGGAUAAGCUGACGGGCGUUUUCGCGCCGAAGCCGGCACCGGGUACGUCGCUUUUGUUGUUCUUAGAUUUCUUUUUAUUACGCGUAAAAUGGAAUGAGCGCGAAAGAGAAAGGAGGAAAAGAGAUUGUUGGCGAUGA